AUGGCCCCCAAAGCCAUCAGGGGUGAAUACAUAGAAACUGAUACUGGUAACAAGGUCUCCCGUCGCAACCAAGUCCACGGCACGCAACACAUCAUUCUUGGAGGCAAAACCGUCAUCCAAGCCGACGUCUGCAUACGCGGUGACCUCUACCGUCAACAACCACCAACACCCUCUUCUCCCAGCACCGCCACCAGCGGCGGUUCCGGUAGCAACCCAAACACACCAUCUAUCGCUGUCAGCAUCGGACGCUAUACCUACCUCUCGCGCUCCUGUCUGCUACGACCACCCUCUCGCCUCCAUCGAGGCGUGCACUCAUACUACCCUCUCAAGAUCGGAGACCACGUGUUCGUCGGAGAGCGUAGCGUGAUCGAAGCAGCUACAAUUGGAAACCAUGUGCACGUCGGAAAGGAUGCUGUGGUGGGCUGCAUGGCAAUUCUAAAGGAUUUCGUGGUAGUCCUUGACGGCGCGGUGGUCCCGGCUGGAAUGGUGGUGCCGAGCUUCUGCGUGGUCGGUGGAGCGCCAGCGAGGGUUGUCGGUGAAGUAGGUGAGGGCUUUGGUAUUGAGGGUGCCGAGGGGGGCAUGGCAAGAGAGAGGUACCGGAUGGUUGGGCGGUAA